UCAUCUGCGCGCCUGCCUGCGCUCUGCCGUCCCCUGCCGCUGGCUCGCUGCUGAUGCCGCGCGGCGGAACGGAACGGCUCGGCUCGUGCGUUUCUGCGUACCGCUGCAGCCGCAGUUGCCGAGCUUCACGGGCGAAUGAAACCGGAGAGCGGCUCGACAAAAAAAUAUGACGACGGAAGGUCCGAGCCGCUCCUCGCCAUCCACACAGCUGUAACGUCGGCGGGAAAACGCUCGUGGAUUUUUGUCGGACGUGAGAAUGCGGCUGUGAAUCACGGAGGAAAUAUCCCUGGACCACUCCGCUCAGCCUCCCUAUCUGACUCCGCCGCUGCCCGCCGCCGAUGGUGACGAUGCUCUAAACCUGAACCUGCCUGCGGUUCAUCCGGUUUGACCUUCAAGGCAUCACUUUGGGUGAGAUCUAAUCGUCAGCAGAAUGAUCGAGGAAGGCAGCAAACGAGGCAAGGCCAUGGUCGAGAAGAGACAGCUCUUCAUGGAAAUGAGAGCACAAAACUUUGACGUUAUCAGAUUGUCAACCUAUCGGACUGCCUGCAAACUCCGGUUUGUCCAAAAGCGAUGCAACCUCCAUCUGGUGGACGUCUGGAACAUGAUCGAGGCUUUCCGAGACAACGGGCUCAACACGCUGGACCACAACGCCGAGAUCAGCGUGUCGCGGCUGGAGACGAUUCUGUCUUCCAUCUACUACCAGCUCAACAAGCGGCUGCCCACCACCCACCAGAUCAACGUGGAGCAGUCCAUCGGCCUGCUGCUGAACUUCAUGGUGGCCACCUAUGACAGUGAAAGUCAUGGGAAGCUGACCGUUUUCUCAAUGAAGGCCAUGCUGGCGACGAUGUGCGGAGGGAAGAUUGUGGACAAGCUGCGCUACGUUUUUUCACAGAUCUCAGAUUCGAGCGGAGUCAUGGUGUUCUCAAAGUUCGAUCAGUUCCUCCGGGAGGUGCUGAAGCUCCCCACAGCGGUGUUCGAGGGCCCGUCGUUCGGCUACACGGAGCAUUCGGUGCGGAUGUGCUUCCCUCAGCAGAAGAAGAUUAUGUUGAACACAUUUCUGGAUGUGUUGAUGGCAGAUCCUCCUCCUCAGUGUCUUGUUUGGUUGCCACUGAUGCACCGACUCGCUAAUGUUGAAAACGUCUUCCAUCCGGUGGAAUGUUCUUAUUGCCGGAGCGAGAGCAUGAUGGGCUUUCGGUACCGGUGCCAACAGUGCCACGGCUACCAGCUUUGUCAGAGCUGCUUCUGGCGGGGCCACGCCAACGGCCCCCAUAGCAACCAACAUCAAAUGAAGGAGCACUCGUCCUGGAAGUCUCCGGCCAAAAAGCUGAGCCACGCGAUCAGCAAAUCUCUGGGCUGCGUCCCCAUCGGAGAGGCGCCGCACCCCAUGUUCCCCGAGCAGGCCGAGAGACCCCAGGAGCUCACCCAUACUGUUCAGGCGAAAGCAGCGACCAACAACAUGAACGACACAAUGCUCAUGUCCUCUGGUGCACCCACUCCUACCAAAAGUGUUUUGGAGAGUCCCAGCCGGUUAGAUGAAGAGCACCGGCUCAUCGCACGAUACGCUGCGCGCCUGGCAGCUGAGGCAGGCAACUCCACACAACAGUGUCCUCCAACAGACCUGGGUUUCAACUUCGAUGCCAAUAAGCAACAGAGACAGCUGAUCGCAGAGCUGGAGAACAAAAACAGGGAGAUCUUGCAGGAGAUCCAGAGGCUCCGUUUGGAGCAUGAACAGGCCUCUCAGCCCACGCCAGAAAAAGCCCAGCAGAACCCCACGCUCCUGACCGAGCUGCGACUCCUCAGACACAGGAAGGAUGAGCUGGAGAGGCGCAUGUCGGCCUUGCAGGAGAGCCGGCGGGAGCUGAUGGUCCAGCUGGAGGGUCUGAUGAGGCUGCUGAAGGAUGAGGAGCAGAAGCAGGCUUCCCAGUCUGGAGGCUCCCCUCAUUCUUCUCCCAGCCACGGUGCCGGCUGCUCCAUGCCCAUGCCCAUUCGCUCCACCUCGGCCGGGUCCACCCCGACUCACACACCGCAGGACUGCCUUGCAGGCGUGGGAGGAGACGUGCUGGAGGCCUUUUCUCAGGGUGUACCCAGAAACCUUCGGAACGAUCUUUUAGUUGCUGCUGACUCAAUCACAAACACCAUGUCAUCGCUGGUGAAGGAGCUCCACUCAGUGGAUGACGCGGCGGAGGACGAGGAGACCAACAUGAGGAAUGGUGGAGACAGAGGUGGGUCCAGGCACACUGAGGGUACAAAAGCACUGAGGGGAAGAGAUCCCUACCCCGGCCUGCGAGGACAUCCGGUCAUCGACUGGGAAGACUCGGCAUCAGCAGGAAGCCCCUGGCAUUAGCACGUAGAGUAAUGCAUGCAUCUAAUCUAAAAAUAAUUUCACUGUGUGAAAAAAAAGAAGAAAAAAAAAAAGAAGUCGUCACACCUUGCGCCUAGCAAGAUGUGUCUAAUUACCAAGUGUGUAUGUUGUCCUGUAAACAAAACAAACAAGGCAAAAAAAAAAAAAAAACCUGCUGUAAAAAUUACCAGAACCUCAUGAGUGGGAAGAAUGGCUUGCUGUGCUUUUUAUCUCCCACUCCAGCAGAUCGUCCUGUACAUAAACUACUGUAAACACACGGAGCCUUCUCACCGAGGAGACGUCCUGAUACCACCUGCUCUCUGUCAUGGCUUUUUCUCUCUCUUUUUUUUUUUGGAGUGGUUUACAUUUAUUUAUGAUGUUUGUUUUCUUUUUUUUUUCAGGUUUUUGCAUGAAGUUGCACUCAUGUCUGGAUUUAGCUACUGUACUGUACAACGCUAUGCCGGGUCUUUGAUGGUGUUGUGAAGACAGCUGUGGUGUCAGAAGUGUCCUCCAAGUUCAUGCUAGCUGUGUUUACUUGCACAGGGGAAAUUCUGGGUCUUUGGGCUUGUUACUGUGAGAAGAAGCUUGAGGAGGCACUAUUUAUUUAUAUGUUUAUUUUUAAUUAUUACUGUUUUUUUAGAAUUUGCUUUACUGCCAUGCUUUAUGUGAUGGAGAGAGCCUGCCAGAGGAAUAAGCAAAUGCCUGCUUAAGGUUCCUUUGCUGCUACUGUGAAACCAGGAAUGUUUAUUCCCCUGAAUUUUCAUCUUUUGAUAAGUGCUUUCAUUUUGGACUAAAAGAUCGACUCCCUCUUUCAGCACAGAUGCUUCCAAAGAUAUGCUGGUGAUUUUAAAUCUUUAAUAGAAAAGAGAAAUUAUGAGGCAAGAGCUAUGUUAAACUGAUAAAGCUGACUUACGAAGUUGAAAACAUUUAGUUUUGAAUGCUUGGGACUCUCCCUCCCUAAAGCGCCAUACAAAGGUUCCUGUUUUAUUUUCUAGAAUACAUUUCUACCCUGGUAAUAUAUUGUUACCCUUUAUCAGUGGCGACACAGGCGGGUAAUGGCGGCCUAGUUUUUUGGAAAUGAUUCCUGUAGUUGAAAGUCACUGACUGUAAAACUACCACAGGCUCUUGUGAAACUUGUCACCUCUGAAAACCAGUUGUGAAAUUGUUCAACUUAGAUUUAUGUGACUGUUGUCACGCGAGAUAAACUUAAUUUAAAACACAGAACAAAUGACAGGAGAUAAAGACAGGCUGGCGUUUGUAUACAAACGAUCUCAUAAAUCUUAUGGCAAAAAAGCAAAUCAAGCUAAUUUACCUCAAUUCUAAAGCUAAUAAUUUCAGGGAAUAAUGCAGUGCAAAAAAUUAUUUGACAUUUGGGCUUUUUUUUCUUCUAGUGCUUCAGUGUGAAGAGCCAAAAAAAAACCUCUCAGCUGGCGUCCAGAAUAACCUGUGCAUGUGAACACCCUGCUAAUUGCCAAACAAACAAAAAAAAAAUAAAAAAAAACACAACAACGAGCCAAGUCUCCUUUACUCCCAAUGAAUACCGCCUGAAGGGCAUUGUUAGCUCAACACAGCACGGUGCCUCCUUCCAGAGGACGCUGAGUGGCUGCUAGGCAACGCGUUAGCGCGGUAACGGGUUAGCGCGGUAACGGGUUAGCGCGGUAACGGGUUAGCCGCAGGGCGGGUUAGCUCGAGGUCAGAAUUUCAACGUAAACACCCGUUCAGUGUGUGAGGUUGGAAGGCCAUAGAAAACUAGGAAGUGCUUCAAAUAGCUUUAUUUAGGCGAUGAAAGUGAGCAGAAAAUGUUUAUGUGCAAUGACGGUAAAUGUGCUCAGGGACUGCAGAGCUAACGGUUUGCUGUUCAAAGUCCUGAAAUGUGAGAAAUACUGGGAUUGAUUAUUUAAUCAAUAAGUGAAUUUGGACUUGCUUCGGAUCACAUUUGUGCGGUUUUAUCGGGACUUCCCAAAGCACAUCUUAUGAGUAGUUUUGAUCUGUUUUAGGUAGAAACUCUAUAUGCCUGUGCAGAAAUCAAUCAAUCAGCAAAUAAUGAAUGAGUGAUUUGCAUUGAGUAAUUUGUGUAAUGGCCACUUUUAUUGGCACCCUUCAUGAAGACGAUAAACAGCCUAACAAUAAAAAUCGCCUUUUAUUGCAGCUCUGUAACCUCACUUUAAAAAAAAUGUGACAAAUCUUAUCUUCAAUUCAAGGUAUUUUCUUCCACGUUAAGAAAUAAUUAUGUUUAAUUGAAUUACUAAUUAUCUGUACUCCUAACAAUCCCAUUAUUUAAUAAAUUAAAAUAUAUAUCCGAGACGUGUUUUUUCAAUACAAUCUUGACUUUUUUUUUCUUGUUGCUGAUCAGCGUUUCUAGGGAGUUCUAAUGAUUAAUCAAUACCUUUUCUGUUUCCUUAGGUCAUAAAUAUGAUAUGACAGGAACUUAAUUUCUUUUAGCCACUCCGAUGGACGACUUUGCAUGUUUAAUCUGCGGUGCUGCACAGCGAGCAGGAUGGUAACAAAAGUAAAAAAUAAAAAUAAACAAUUCAGAGCGAAGAUUUCUCUAAAUUUUCAUUGACGAUUAAAGAUGGAUCCACUGCAGGGCUUUGUACCCGUCUCUAUCAAGGGUGCCAUGAAAUGUGUCGUCAGGGAUUUUAGGAGAGGAGUUUUUCUUAAGUGCUGUUUGGUUAGAAAUGCUUUUGUCUGUGGGUGACUGUGUCGUUUGGCAAAGCAAAGUGUUGUGUUAACAGAGGCUGUGAACCAGUUGGCCAUGCUUAUUCAAAGUCACACAAGUUAUCAAACCGUUUUACCUUUACAUGUAAGUUUUUGGUUUGAUUCCAUGUUGUUUAAUGUGGCCGUCUGUAAAAACAAAUGUGCAUUUUCUGGGUUAUAGUUCAGUUCUUUAAUCCUUUUUUAACUGAACUGCAGAAGAUUUUGCUUUUUGUUUGUUUCCAUUUCUGGUUCACGCACUAAGCCUGUCCUGUAAGCUACAUAAGAGGUUUCAGCGACACUGUGUUAAGGAAAAAACAAAAAGAGGCUCCUCUGUUGCCGUUCUAAAUGUUGAUUAUUUUUUUUUCCCCUCUCUUUUUUUCUCUGUUUUAAUGUAUAUUGUCUUUUUAUUUCUAUGCUUCUGCUCUGCAACAUUGAUGGAGUCUAGUUGUUGUAAUGGGUUUAUCAAAAACCGCUGAUCACCUGGGACACUUUCAUUUGAAAGCAGGAAGAAUCAUUUUAACCACUGCUGCUGUAAAACAUGUUUCGGCCCACAAAUUAUUUGUGACAACGCUGAGAUUUAAAACAAACAAAGACAAAUGUGACCCUUUCCCCUUUCAUUCUGAUCCUGCAUUUUAUCGCAACUCUUAAUCUUCCUGUUCUGUUCUUUCAGUUUGUGCCUGUAGCUGUACUGUAAAGUGCUGUAUAAAGUAACCAUUCAGCAAACGAGAUAAUCUGUCAGCCUCUGUCUGUGUCAAGCUUUUAGUCUGUGACUUUGUAGAGAUUUUAUUUACUUGUCGAUUAUUUUCUCGUGUUUUUUGAGAUGGGGAUGGUGGGCGGGGUGGUCUUACGCUCAGCCUUUACAUUUGUGCCAAACUGUUUGCAGGUGUUGUGUGUCAUAGAAAAAACACAGGUAUAUAUCAAAGUAUAUCUGCAUUAUUAGUCUGUCGUCGACCUUGAUCUGUUCACUGAACGCCUGGGGAUGGAAAGUCAUCUGCUGCUGAAAAAAAAAAAAGACGCAUUUAAGAGUUAUACUAUUAUUAUCAAAAUGGGGGAAAUAUAUAUAUUCCUUAUACAUAUAUAUAUUCCAGAGUGAUUCAUUUUAUUUGAACUUGUCCUGAGGCAAUAUUGUGUGUAUCCCGCCCUGUCAGACCAAACUCGGGUUAACGCAGCUGGUCACACAGCGGUGCAUACACUGUAAUCCUUUUUGUUUUUUCUUUCGUUUUUCGCAGAGACAAGGUGCAAAGCAGACAGCACAGCUUCC